GCGAUAGUCAUAUGAAAAACGAAAACACACGUGUAGAUGGCUGACAUACUGGUAAGUUGAAUUGAUGGCUAUUUAUGUUAAUUUAAUGGAAGUGGAUUUAAAUACAUCUGAAAUUAUGAAAAAUUUUAAUAGCUCUGAACGAACUGAAUUUACUUAUUUAGAUUUAUCUGUUGAAAAAAGUGAGCUAAUUGUCGCCGUCGCUGUAAAAGCAUUAUAUCCUAGUCUUUCUGAGCACGUAUUUAUAAAUAUGGACUUGAAUGAUGAUUUACUUUCGGCAUUAGAUCAGCGUAUUACUAGUGAAAAUUUUUAUAUUAUUCAAGAGUUGCUGAUGAAAGGGGCAGAUCCUAAUACAACCAAUUCUUCUGGAAAUAGACCUAUUCAUUUAGCCAUAUUGAGAUCUCCAAAGAACAUAAAGUUAGUUAUCGAAUUAAUUCGCUUAGGCGCUGAUGUAAAUGUAGUGAACAAGCAUGGAUCUACACCUCUGACGGUUUCAUUGUAUAAUCGAUGCCAUCAAACAACUGCACUUCUUAUCAAAAAAGGAAUCGACCUUAAUUUUCAGUGCCAGCGAGGGUGGACAGCUCUGAUGAUUGCUUCAAUGAUUGGAGAUCUGUGGAGUGUCAGGACAUUAUUGCAACAUGGAGCAAAUGUUAAUAUAUAUGAUAUAAAUAAAAAGACAGCUUUGAUGUUUGCCGUUGAUGGUAAAUAUUUUGAUGUUAUAAAAGAGUUACUUGAGUAUGGAGCAAAUCCUGGAAUGCGUAAUGUUGCUAAUAAAACAGCACUUCACAUUUGUUUGGAAAGAAUUUAUCCAGAUUUGGAUGUUGUAAAUUUACUUCUUUUGCAUUGUGCUUCUUUUGACGAUUUAGAAAUUAAUCCUGAAGCUUCUUUCAGGCGAAUAAUGAACAUUUGUUUGAGAGGAGGACCAGAAUAUCACAUAUGUGUGAAAACAAUAAUAAAAAUUCAGAUGUUGUUAACUAAUGAUUAUCAUUGUGUCACUAGCUAUGAAGAAUUUUAUGAUUUUGCAUUGAUGUGCUGUGCGGAAAUUAGAUACAUGAGCCUAUAUGACAUUAGUAAAUGUAAAACUGUUGCAACAUUGCUACAGAAAUGCUUAAGAGGUUAUAUGCCUAAAGAAAGGGAACUUGAAGCAUUAUUGCCUUUUGUGGCAAAUAACCGCUUCUCAAUUUAUGCAGAUAUCCUUAGAGCAUUAGUAAGAAAAUCCUAUUUAAGAAAGAAGUUUAUGAAAAUGUUAAUGUAUGUGAAGCGGGAAGGUCAAGCAGAUGAAAUUAUUCUUAAUUCAGACAUACAUAUACGAAUUCUGUCCUAUUUGUCGGAUGAUGAUGUGUCAAGUUUUGUAAUAUCAUCCUAUAUAAAGAAAAAUUCUCAAGAUGGAGCUGGUUUUAAAGAUAGUUCUCUGUAUCCCACUGGAUUGACUUAUAAUUUUAAUGAUUUAACUACCAGCUGAAAGAAGAUCGCAUUUUCGUGAUGAGUUUCCGGAGCACAAGCCUAUUUUUGUGAUAUUUUCUUUAAAAAUUGGAGAACAAACUUUCUAACAAAACUACCUGCUUAUAAGAAAUAAUAAAGUUAUUUUUUAUU